AUGGAUGCAGCAUGGUCGGUUGAUCAGGCAGAUCUAGAGCGGCAGCUAGAACAGCAGGCGGCAGAAACAUUAAAAGCACACGAAAAUGAAUUAGACGAGAAGAGAUUGAAGAAAACUCGGCAGAAAAUUACCGACAUUUCGUCCAAAAUCGCUGCCCUCACUGAUAAAAUAGAAAACCCCGCCACGCGCAUUACUGAACGAGAGAAGGCCCGCGACGUCAUCUUCAAUUUACAGCGUAAAGAUCUGGUUGGUUUACGGCGUGAUGAAGCUGAUAUACUCGCCCGGAUCGCUGAACGAUCCAGUACCCAGCCCGAACAAGUGGCUUCUGGUAGACUCGCUGAUGAAACGGAACAAGAGUACCUAGUUCGCACAGGAAAAAUUACACCUUUCGGUAAACCAAGCCAGACUGAAGAUGAUCCCGAUAGAUCCCAUCAAGAUUUGAGUAGACCAUCGACAAUGCUUGCCCGUCAAUUCAAACGUCGACGAGUAGAUUCUACACUAGAAUCCGACUCGGAGGCAACUGACGAAGAAGAUCCAGUUCUGAUCAAAAGGGAGCCAAUUGACUCUGAUUAUUCCGACGAGGAAUUUGAAUCAAGGUCAACAACGUCUGCUCAAGACGAAGAUGAUGGUAAUGUAGGGUACUAUCACCGCAGACUUGACCAGUGGACUAAAAUGCGAAAGGCGCUGAGAAAAGAAUUGCAUCAAUCCAUUGAUGAAACCAAGGAGGAAUGGGAACUACCGCAUCCUGAAUACGAAGAUAAAGUGCUGGAUCCAGCAGCAGGUUUCAAAAUACCUGGCGAUAUUUGGACCAGUCUGUUUGCAUAUCAAAAAACAGGCGUCAGGUGGCUCUGGGAGCUGUACAACCAGCGAACUGGAGGCAUCAUAGGCGAUGAAAUGGGUCUAGGAAAAACUGUGCAGGUCGCUGCCUUCUUGGCGGGCUUGCACUAUUCAGGUAUGCUGAAAAGACGGCCAGCUUUAAUAGUAUGUCCAGCAACAGUAAUGAGUCAAUGGGUCACUGAGCUUCACCAAUGGUGGCCACCGUUGCGAGUCGCCAUUUUGCAUUCAAUUGGUACCGGCAUGUCAGGAUCGGGCCGAGCAGGCCCGGAUAGUGAUUCCGAGGACGAAUCGGUUCUGGCUCAGUCAAAAAUUGCUGCCAGUAGUUUACUCAAAGGUAUGUUUGAAACGGGUCAUGUAGUGAUCACAACUUAUGCUGGUAUCAAGGUCUAUUCAAAGUACAUUUUGCCCAAGGUCUGGAGCUAUUGCUGUUUGGACGAAGGACAUAAAAUCCGCAAUCCAAACAGCGAAGUCAGUCUCAAUUGCAAACAGAUCAAGACACAUUAUCGAUUAAUUUUGUCUGGUACACCAAUUCAAAACAACCUGAUCGAACUAUGGAGCCUUUUCGAUUUUGUUUUUCCAGGAAAGCUGGGUACACUACCGGUUUUUCAAAACCAAUUCUCUAUUCCAAUCAACGUGGGCGGCUAUGCCAAUGCCACUAAUAUUCAGGUUCAAACCGCCUACAAGUGUGCUGUUGUUCUGCGCAACUUGAUUGCACCGUAUUUGCUGAGACGUAUGAAAAGCGAUGUUGCAACCGACCUGCCUCAAAAAACAGAAAAAGUUCUAUUCUGUAAACUCACAAAGGCUCAAAAAGAGGCUUAUAGCACUUUUCUAAAGAGCGAUGAAAUGAAUUCAAUCAUGGCUGGCCGUCGCCAGGUACUUUAUGGUGUUGACAUCCUGCGAAAAAUCUGUAACCACCCUGAUCUUUUGACCAGAGAAGUAUCAUCCCACAAAGCCAGCUAUGGGGAUCCCAGCAAGAGCGGGAAGAUGCAAGUCGUUAAAGCUCUACUUGAAUUAUGGACUAGUCAAGAUCACCGCACAUUACUAUUUACACAAACUCGGCAAAUGCUCGAUAUUCUGGAGCCAUUUGUUGCUAGAAUGAACUUGAAAUACCUGCGAAUGGAUGGCUCCACACAAAUCGCUCAGCGACAAAGCUUGGUAUCAACCUUCAAUAACAAUCCCGACUACAAGGUCUUUUUGCUCACCACUAAAGUCGGCGGUUUGGGAGUUAAUUUGACCGGUGCCGACAGGAUUAUAAUUUACGAUCCUGAUUGGAACCCAAGUACAGAUGUGCAAGCUCGGGAGCGUGCAUGGCGGUUAGGCCAAAAGAAAGAGGUUGUGAUUUACCGUCUCAUGAUUGCCGGAUCAAUCGAAGAGAAGAUCUAUCACCGCCAAAUUUUUAAACAGUUUCUCACGAACAAAAUUCUCAAGGAUCCCAAACAGAAGCGUUUUUUCAAGAACACUGACCUCCACGAUCUUUUUUCCCUUGGCGACAGUGCAGAAACUGGCGAGCUGUUCGCCGGAACUGAGAAAAAAGUGCAACAACAAGCAGUAAAGGCUGAUGAUGAUAUUGACCAAGUUGCCGGCAUUUCUCGUCAAGAUGAUUUCAAAACGAGUGAGGAUCCAAAAGCUGGCGACGAGGGGCUUCUUGAGGGAUUGUUCGCAAAGGCCGGCGUUCACAGUACGCUGGAGCAUGAUGCGGUCAUGGACGCUUCACGGCCCGACACGGUCCUGAUGGAGCGAGAGGCAACGAGAAUAGCAAAUCAAGCUGCUGCAGCACUCAAGGAAUCCCGCAGAGAAGCUCGGCGGCACAAAAUCGGAACACCAACUUGGACGGGGCGUUUCGGCAAGGCUGGCAAACUUCCUCCCACCAGCAAAGUCCACAGUGCAUCACCCAGUCCAUCACCAAGCUCAGUGUCGAUUCUCGAGGGAUUAAAAGUCAAGCGUGAACUCGAAACUAAAACCACUGCCAGCGACUCGUACCUCCCGGAUAAUGUCUUGAAGCUGCAUACUGCUGCUAUAACCCGUAUCCGUGACUACCUGGCGUUGCAGCGCGAAUACAGUGCAAAGUCCGCUGAAAUUGUCAAAAAGUGUGACAUCAAGCUCGACAGUGAUCAGUCGGUUGCGAAUCUACGGCAUAUGUUAAAGAAUGUGGCUACAUGGGACUCUUUGAAGAGUCAGUGGCAACUAAAACCCGAAUUCCAACCCGAAACGUAA